AUCAUAUACACAAAAAGAUUCUUCAAACUAUAAAAUAUUAAACACAACAUUUCCUGAUGAUGUUCAUUAUGAAAAGUAUAAUUCUGGGAAUGUAACAAGCGAUUCUUCAGAUGUGUCGAGUACCGAAGAAAGUAAUACAAAUUUUACACUGGAGGAAUGUGACAUUAUUAAAAAAAAGAGAUAAAAAAAGAUAACAUCAGGUUAUCAUCAAUGGUAUUGAACGAAAGUCAAUCCAUAUCAGUUAAAAGUGUGGAUUUAGAAAAGCUAUUAUUAAGCUUUAUAGAGGGACAAAUUAUUAUAAAAUUUUAUGAGAAACGUAACAUACUCGAUGAAGCCAAACGUAGAAAACUGACUGAACUUGUUGUUACUCAAUUUAUGUUUCAAAAGUCUGCAGAUGAAAAAGACAUAAUUCGCUUAUCAAAUGCUGAUUUUGAUAUUUUAUCACAAAAAAUUAACUACUUGUUUCCAAAUGAACAACAAGCUUUUUAUUAUGUACCGCCAAAAUCUGAAGGGCCUACCCAAAAAAUAUCAAAAGGAAAAUUGCCAGACUUUUAUCGAAAUAAACUCGACGAAUGUCGACAACUUGGACUUAUCCAGAGAAAACGCAAAAAAAUUGACGAAAACAUUGAUUUAGAUACUGAACCAACAUUUAGUUCUAAAGCUAAACGUAUCUGUCAAACACAUCUGCAGUGGUUACGAUAUAAUACAGCGCCUUGGUCGUCUGUAAAAGAACAUUGGGAUGGAUCUCGUGAAUUAAGACAAAGUUUUAUAAAACAAUAUGAAGGAAACGUUCAUGAUAUUUUUAAUGAAUUUCCCGUUCUUAAACAGGAAUUUGGUUACAUGCUGACUUGGGAAUUCGAAUUACACUCUCUUAGACGAAAAUGUGGUUUAUAUAAAAUUACAGGCUUGAAUAAAAUAAUGUAA